UGCUCUCAUAACGGCGGACAAAGCGCAGGAGACAAAUAGACACCGCGCAAGUGGGCGAACGUCUACGUUGCUUGCAACCCACAUACACGCGCACACACAUGAAGAUUUGCAAAAGCAAAGCCAAUUUUAAUUAGAAAAAUUUUUAGUGAAAAAUUUUCAACACGAAAAAGUUGCAUCCAACGAAAAAAAUAAGAUAUGCGUGCAAAGGAAAAAAAUGAAAUAAAUAAUUUGUUUGCAAACGCAGUGUAUUGAUGUGUAUGUGCGUGUGUUGGCAUGUGAAAUAAAUUUAGAAUAAGUAAUAAAGAAGUGCGUGCAAAGUGGCAAAUAAUCGAUGAAUUGAUUGCAUGCCGCUGAAGUAGCAAGGGAAAAGGGAGAGGCAGCGCUGAAUAACCAACGAAUAUGAAAAGUGAAAAUUGUACAUAACGAAAAAUAUGUAGAGGUGCGCAAGGAAACAUAAAAAUGCCAAUGAAGUGAUUUUUGUAUAAAGUAAAACGACAAAGUUGUUGCAAGGAAGGUGAAAAUUUAAGUUGCGAAUUUUCGGUAGUAAGGACGACUUACGCAUCAGCGCCAGCGUUGGCAUAGAUAUUUGACAAUUUUGACAUGCUUUAUAGCCUACUUACAGGCGAGUUGUUGCAAGUGUUUUUGCUAUAGUGAAUGAGUUGCAUAAUAAACUAAAUGCAUCUACAACCACACAAACAUGCAUGUGUGUAUCACUUCGAAAAUACACUAAAAUAUUUAAAUUCAUGUAAAUAAAUGUAUUGUAUCACUUUGCUACCGUCUGCAUAACUGUCUCUUAAGUAAAAGUAUUUUAUGAUAAAUUGCAAACAAAAUCAAUCUGUGAAAAUUAUAUGAUACGACUUAGAAAUGCGGUUAAAAUGAAUUUCGAUUGUGAUAAAACGCUGCAUUGAAGAAGCAGAAAAGCACUUACAUUCAAUAAAGGAUAGUUGUUACAGAGCCAAACGAGUUUAAGGAAAACACCGGAUGUCAUACAUGCUGGAUUAUGUAGUACUGGUGACACAACUUUGAAGAGGCGUUUUGUUCCGGAAAGCUUGGCUGAUAGAAGAAAUAAUCCAUCGUUACGAAAAGCUGAUGAAAGUUCAAAGAACUCAUCGAAAAUUCGCCUACAAACUUUUUAUAAGUGAAUCGAAAAUUGUCUAGAAUGGGUCUUUGGCGACUUACAACGAAGACUCCAACCUCCACAUGCAACAAAUGGAUGCUGAGAUUUACAGUUAUACUGAUUUGUGCGAAAUAUACAAUGGCGGACAAUUGUUUUCCAUCGGCAUUUGGAGUUCUCAUUUUCAUUUGGAUUCCACAAGUGUCAGCUGAAUGUCAAACGCGCUCCAUCUACUGCUAUGAAUGUGAUUCGUGGACGGACGCACGGUGUAAGGAUCCCUUCAACUAUACGGCGCUGCCGCGCGAUCAACCACCGCUAAUGACCUGCAAUGGCUGUUGUGUGAAAAUGGUGCGGCAUUCUAAAUCACCCUACGAAGUUGUACGGCGUAUGUGUACGUCGCAAUUGCAAAUAAAUUUAUUUAUGGUCGAUCAUGUGUGCAUGAUGGAAAGUUCAGGCAAUGGACAUAUGUGCUUUUGUGAGGAAGAUAUGUGCAAUUCUAGUAAAAAUUUAUGGCAAAAUGGUUCACCAUACCAUUACAUCAUGAUCUCUGCGCUCUCAUUCAUACUCUAUUUACUCAAUCGUAUACAAUUGCUAACUAUCGUUCGACAAUUGCAAAUACAUAGACAACAAAAACAAAAACAGCCACAACUACAUCCACAAACAGAAAACCCAAAUCAAAAACAAAAACAAAAUCAAAUAUUAAAUCAAUCACAACAUAUCGUCAAUCGAAUGCUACUGCAAAUGCAAAAUCAACAUCAAAAACAUAAUAAGCUACGCAAAAUAAAAGAAGAAGAAAAACACCAACAACCACAACAACAAAAGAAAGUCGAACAAUUCGAACAAAAACAAAAAUUGCCAAUUGUCAUUUAGUUAUCAACAGUACACUCUUCCGACGCAAAAACAACCACUACCUGUACAACCGUUCAUUGCAUGUCCAAUGAAAACAGAUACAACAAUCAAUUUGUUUACACCUCCCGUACACAUAUAGAUUGAAAGCCUCCUCCAACCCCCUACAUACACACAAACACUAGAAAUUUGAAAAAAAGAAAUACACACCGCCAGCAGCAUAUGCUCUAACAGCAAGGUGUAAAACGGCCACCACAAUACACAGACACAUACAUAAUUACAUCUCCCAUGUGUCCACGAAAGACAUGCAUACAUAUUUAUAGAAACUUUAAUUACAAAAUUAAACAAUUGACAUAGUCGCCCAUACGCUCUAAGCUACCCCUGACCCUUAUAACAUAAACAACAUACACACACACUUGUGCUCUUUGCCCUAAAAACUUUUGCUAAACAAUAAAUUUUAACUUCUUACAUUUUGAGUACCCUCCAUAGUUGGUAAAUAUGUACCUACAUUAGCAUUAGUUAGAAAUUUGUUCCCUAAAUUUUUUAUUUAUUUUUUACUAACAUUUAAAAUAAAACAUUUUUCCUGAUGUUUUUUAUUAGUUUUUAGUUAGUAACAGUUAUUUAUUAUUUAAUUUAAUUUUGUAUUUCAACUAAACAAAUUUGUCUUUAAUUUAGUUUUAGCUACAUUUUUUAAAUUUUUUAUUUUCUAAUUUUCUGAACUUUCAUUUUUGAUUAUUUUCCUUUAGUAUGUAGUAGUAAUUAAUUAGCAUUGUAUUUCAACUACUAUGUAUUUUCUAUAUAUUAAGCUUUGUAUUUCUAGAAUGAAUUUAUUUGUUAUUGUUUUUAUCAAAUCGUUACGUAUUGUUUAAUGAAAAGAAAAAAGACGUAGUUAUUAAUUGUUAAUUAAUUUUUGUAGUAGUAAUAAUAAGUAAAAUUAAAAAAAUAUUUAAAUGAAAAGCGUAAGUGAUUAGUGCGAACACUAAAACUCCAUACGGCCGAAAGAUAAGUAAAACUAUUUUAAAAAAAAAAAAAAAAAAAAAAAAAAAAAAAAAAACUUUAAAAAUUGCAUGCACGUUGGCUACAAAAACAAGCAGCAGCAAUAGUGGUAUAUGUAGUGGAAGUAGCGGUUGUGCAUCACUGAGCUUUGUGCGCAGGCGCCGCAAGUUUGUUACAUUUUUAUUUAAAUCAGAUAUAUGUUAAGAGGAUUCGUAUUUUAUCUAAUUAUAUAUAUAAAAAUAUCUGAAUGCAAUUUCAAUGUGAAAGUAAGAUUUUCGAUCGCAUGUAAUACUCCUUCCUGCACUUAGAACUUAAUUGUAUGAGUAAAAUGAGCGUAAGUGGAUUAUUAAAUUUUGUUGGCUAUUUUUCGAUACUCUUGGAUUAGCCUUAAUCUCACAAAGGUAAGAUUGGGGUGUCAAAGAACCCAAGUAUACUACGAUCUAAAAUAUUAUUCCUUUACCAAAUAUAAAUUGUAUGCCUAAAAUCGGUUUAAACUUUCUUACAACAUAAAAGAGAUGAUUUUUUUGUUUAUUCGAAUAUACAAAUUUAGAUUCGGCUUAAGUCAAAAUGUGUUGAAUUCAAUUUCUUGAAUGAGAGCUAAUAUCUAGCUGCGGUAUUUUACAGUUAAAAGCACCGUCUGCUCAGAAUAGCUUCAUAUGACAUCCUCGAUGACGCUCAGUUCUCUCUAAGUGAAAGUGUAACCUACAUUCUCGCAUAGGCUUCAAAAGCUAUAGAGCCAAAUAAAGUGCGGAAUACUUUUACAAGUUCUUACAUACGGAAGGAAGUAACUCCGUUUUGCCCACAUAAAUUUAACCGAAGCAGUUUUAAAUAACAUAGAACUCAGGCUAAUUAAUGCCUUUGAAGAAACUUGGUUGCUACCACAGACACAUACAAUUAUGCCACUCCAUUUCUCUUUUAAAUGGGCAGUAUUUACUUCGGCUUGAAGUGCAUCAAGAAAGAGUUGUAGCUUAUCCGAAAUACCUAACCAUCAUUUGGUUCAAGAUACAUCGGUAAAGUUUCUAAAAUGCAUCGUAUUGUGAUUAAACCAACACUUAACUUCUAAAAAUUUAAAUUUGCUCUUCAACAAAUCCCAACUUUUAUUUUUUAUCAAAUACUCACGGUUGUGACAUUCUCAUGAUUUCCGCUGCCUGUAUAAAGUUGUGCAGGAAAACCAAUAAAAUGACAAAAAGAGAAUCUAACGCCAUAGUUGUAGAAAUCUUACUUGUCCUGUGAUCAAGAGAUAUACUAAUCUUUGCAGUUUAUUGAGUCGUAGUAUGAAUUUUUUCAGCUAAGUCUUAAAAGCAUUUUGCUUUUUAGAGCUCUGUCAUAUUUCAAAAAUAUCAAGCAAUCGCAACAGCAAUCUAACACAAACAGCUGUUUUUUGUUUACAUUUGCGAUUUGUUGACUCCACUUGGUUUCUAGAAGUGUCGUAAGUUUCACAGUAUUGGCGCGCCUUCAUAGUAAUUGAAUAUACCAUACUAUUUUUGUUCAAAACAAUGAAAAAAUUAAUUUUCCGAAGGGCAAACACAAACCGCACAAACUAACUAAUAAUCCCUCUCUUGGUUGCAUAGUUACGGCUCUGACUGUUCGCAAAAAAAUUCUAUAGAAAUCGUUUAUGUUUAGAAUAUGGCUCGUACUGUUAACAUAACAUUUUCUUUUAGACCAGGAAAGUUGAAGUAACUUCGUUCUGACAGAGAGUUUAUGAGCCUGGAUGCAAAUGCAAUGUUUCAGAUGAAACAAACCUCUUGAUAUCUACAAAAUCACAAAAUCUAAAUCACAAUUUUAAGGCAUAUUGGAAUAUGUAUUUUCCCCCUGUAUCCCAAAAAUUCGGGUUGAACCCUUAUCGCCGUGUGAAUGGUACGUUUUACAAAACUUUUUAUUUUUAUACAAAAAUUUUCAGAUUCGUUAACUUUAAUAAUUACGCUCGUUUCUCGCUCCGGAUAGGUAGUUUAGUUUAUUAUAAAAAAGCAUGUAAAUAAAUUUCUUAUAUGAAAAAUACAAAAAUUCACACAAUUAUCAUUGCAAGUAAAUAUGCAAUUACCGAAAAAGGCUAAACAAAUUAAGAGUUGAAAUAUAUUUAUUUAAUAAGAUAAAUAAAAAUACCUACAUACUAUAAUAUAUUAUUAAAAAAAUAGAUUUAAUUAUUUUUAAUUUAAUACAAUACAUCAUGAAUACAUAAACGAUUACUUAUAUAACACUUUUACGCCAUUUACCUAUAAUUACGUAUAGCAGUUAAUGCCACAAAGGCUAGAACAUUUCUUUUUAAAAAAUGUCCGAUCAAAUGCAUACAAUUUACGCUUAGUAGUGCCAUAGCAGCUUCUUCGUCGAGCAUACAAAACUUAUAAUUUCCAAAUCACUCUUACAAGUCUAUGUAUUAGAGAGAAGAUCGCAUAAUAAUCAUCUACUAUUUAUACGAGUACACCUGAGUAAGAUUUGAUGGUUCAACAGUUUGGCGUGUGUUUUGCGGCACUUCACUAAUCUAAAAUCAAUGAAACAAGUUAAAUUCUCGAAGAAUGUCAAAUGGUUUUAUUAUGAAGGAGUUCAUACUAAAGCGUCACAAAAGAUCCGAUCACUUUUCCCGUUCGUUGUAGUCAUUCAAAAUAAUUGAGAGACCUGAACAUUCGUUCCAAAUGUUGAAGUAGAAAUGCGUAGAAUAUAAUUCGCCAUAGUAACUACUCAUUUGAGGUUGUACGUAAACAGAAUUUCGAAAUGUUAUUCUGACGCAUAGAUUUAGAAUAUAUGUAUGUAGGUCGAGAAGGCCUACAGAAGAGUACGGGCAGGCUUACAAAAUGCUGCUGGUUACUAUCAUUUAUCGUCCGCCUUUAUUUCUUAAACUUUCUACACCCUGACGCCGCGGCCGGUAAAAAAUAUGUCAGCAAGUAAUUUUCACCCCACACUCCAGACAAUAACCCUUCAAUUCAGUACUUCUAGUGCUUACCUACACAGUAACAGAGUUCAACAAAAUGCGUAAGUGAAGUUAAGUCGCUCUUCACGUUGUCUUUCCAUUCAGGAGUCCUACCUUUUUUGACAGCCGCUAAUAGGGAUAUGUUCAGGGUUCGCUGCAAUAUGUCUAUGUUGCUGUAAAGCCUUUGAUGUGACUCAAUACAAACCUUUGAUAGAUCAAAGUACCAGUAUUUACAAAAGUAUGCAUCAUCAAGGAUUUCCCAUGGAAUAGAAAUAGCUGAGUUUUGCGUAUUUGAGGUUAUUUCAUGAGGGUCAUCUGCAAGUUUUACGGUUGUGAUUAGCUUUUUUAAUUUUUGGUAAUUCACUUUUGUGCGCACGUCAGGUUCAAUUUUUCAUGUUAGUUUAAUUGUGGUGAAUUUUUCACCUGACUUUAGCCCUGCGAAAUUGAACGAUUAAACUUAGUUUAGCUGGACAGCAAAGUUGAAUUUGCAUAGAAAAACUUGCCCUUACUGCUCUGGCUGGGUCUGAGAGUAUUCUAUUCGUAUCGAAAAUUUGCGCUCAACAUUAAAAUAACACUUUCUGUUAGACCAAGAAAGUUGAGUUAACGAUUUAUGAUAUAUCGGACUCGUUUUUACCGUUAUGCAAAUGAUACUAUUCUCUCUCAAUAAAUGAUUACUGUGGUAUAUGAUACUUAUCUUUAAGUUUUUAUGCAGCUCAGGAAUUUUUUUCGGUAUCUGAACAGGUUUAAAUCUCGAUGCUUAGCCAGCUCCUGCCUUUCUUGGCUCAUACAAAAAUAAUUCGUAAGUCAUGCGGGGGGCGCAUCGUGUCAGUUGGGUGGGAGAAGGACAGUCGUUGGAUUUAUUAUUAUUAUUGCCUCCGCUGUAAAGAAGAAUUUGCGAGCUUUGUUACAACAACAUUUGAAGGAGAGAAUUUGUUCAUUGAAAGGCAAUGUUUAACUGUAGUAAAUGCUCGUUGGAAAUAGGUUGUUAAAUUAAAAUAAAGUGUAAGCUUUUAAUUGUUUAUUUAAAAACUUAUUAUAGUUUUAAUUAUGAUGAAAAUCUACCGAACUAAUAAUUUGAAAAAAUUCAAAUUUUAAUUCUUCAAAAAAGACUGUCAUAUUACACACUUGUGCAGAAGUGAGUGAGAUAAGGGAAUAGAAAUCAACUAAAUCCAUAUCGACUGAGAGUGAACAGGAAAGAAUCAGGAAAUGAAAUAAGAAAAACUAAUUUAAGUGGUAGGAAAAAAAAUUAUUUUGUUGAUUUACUGCAGGUAUUCAGUUAUUAAGAAAACACCAUUACUCGACAUAACAAAGUCACACUUUACAAGCACAUACAUUUUUUAUUUACUUUUUAAGCCUUAGAAAAUAAGCUGAGUAUGUAAUUGGCAUCUUUAUAAACUAUUUUGUUUUACUUUAAAAAAAAAUCCAUAAAAUAUACAUUUUAUACCAACUCAAAUCAUUAUGUUUUCUUUACAUUCAACAAUCGACGAAGCUACACAUGUUAUCGUUUCCCAUUUAGUCACAUGUCAUCGUUUCCCAACAGUGUUUGAAUUUUAUCAACUAGUAAAUAAAUCUGUGCUUUUGCUUUUGCUUAGUAAAUAAAUCUGUGCUCUUCAUCUUCUUAUAUUGGAUAAUUAGCGGUCUGCGCCUUUCGCAUAAUGCACGUAAAACAUUUCUAGCCUGCCUGCAUAUUUUCGCUGCGUGAAUACACUUUCAUACAUACAUAUUUACUUUUCAGUUCACUAGAGCUUCGAAUGGAAAACGGUCGCAAGGAAAAGGGUGAGUUUGAUCCAUAUUUGUAAGAAGAAGAUGAACUGUUUGGAAUAACUGUCUAGUUAGUUGCACUCGUAAAUUAUGAAUCUUCACUUUUUACUUGAUUUUUUUAUUUAUACAACGAAUUGGAUUUAUAGGUAUGUCAAUGAUAUUUUUGCUUAAUAUCUUUUUUUUAAUAAUGAAAUUCCAAUAUGUUCUUUAUUAGGACAAAUCACAAUUAAGUGCAAAUGGCCUGAAGGCAGAUAUAAUUUUUUUUGUUGAAAUAAAUAGUAAGACAUAAUUUGUUCAACAUUUUCUUUAAUUUAAGCUAAAUACGAGGGUCGAUCAACAAGUACAGAAGCUGAAAGCCUUUCUCAAUUAUUUCAGCUACGUACAUCAACAUUUUGACCAAUUUUGACAAUUAUUUCUUCAUAUUCAUUAUUUUUGUAUAAAGCUCAUUGUCUAAAGUCCAUAUAAGUCCAAUUUUAAAAUUUUAUGCAAAUAUUGGAAAAAUUCAACAAAAUGUUUAUUCUAACUUCACGGUAUUCAAUUAGAAUUUCUAAAAAGAAUUUUAGUACGUCGUUUUAUUGCACAAUAAAAAGCAAACUUGAAGCUGCUAAAAACUCCACAAAUUUCAUGAGAAUUACUCUUUUCGAUUCCGAAAAAAAUCAUACUCAUUAUCCUCCGGAGCCUUGACUACUUCGAAGCAUUAACCUAGAAAAAUCAACUUUUUUCACAGUCACUUGGUUUAUUCAUACUACUGGAAUAAUUUGACCAGUGCAUUCAAAAAUUUGUUUUCACGCUUUUACUUCUGGAUGCGACACCAACGGUAGUGCAAAUUUCUUCGGCUAGUGUCCUAUAAAAAAACACACUCCGACCAUUCUGUUGGGAGUUUUAAUUGCCUUGGAGUCUUAUGUAUUAUUCUCUGUGGAGAAAAUGUGAGGAUCUUUUACUAAAACUAAAAAUUAUUCAAAUGUAUGAAAUUUUUCAAUUUGAAGUAGAUUUUUUUAAAAAGCUAAGCAAUUUGAUUUUAAUAUUUUAUUUUGAUAGCGAAUACACUGCAUUUUUACUAUCAAUUAAAGAAAAGCAAAGUUGAAUUAAAAAAAUUUACGAUUUUCAAUAACAGUCCCUGCAUAUUAGAAAAACAAAUUCGAAUGGCGCUUUUAACCAAUUUUGACGAAAUGUAAUUCGACGAAAUUAUCGCUUCAUUUUGUGAGAAGCUUGAGUAAGCCAGUUACUAUUGUAUGAGUUCACUGGAUCGAUAAAAAUUAAUUCACCAAAACUUAAUUGAAAGAUGUUUACUUUUUGAACAACUUGAAGAUUUAUGUAACAUAAGUUGGUUAUUUUUUACUACGGAUCAUCGUAAUUAAGAAUUUUAAAUUUUUUAAA